AUGGUGGAUGCCUGGACUUAAACCUCAGACAAAGGCUCAGAUAAUGAAGAAGGCCAGAAACUUCGCAGAGUAGGUUCAUAGGCUAAUUAAAAGGCUAAGGCUUCUGCACUUCUGAGCACAACUGGCCAAUAAAACCUAACUCUUCUAAAUCAAUAAAGCAAUAACAACACAGCAGAGAUCAACCCUGCUCCCACCUCUUCAACAAAUAGCAACUAAAUAAACUCAUAAAACUCAGACCCUUAUUUGAAUCUAAACUAGUCGCAAAAGGUAAGCAUGCAUGAUUCGGGCUCAAGUCCUUAGCCAUAGAUUCGCAUCAGAAAAGAACCCUUUAAGCAGCCCAGUCUACCCACUAGUUUGACUAAAUUUGAGGAGAAGCUGUAUAACGGAGGCAAAGUUAAUGCUAACUUGAACAACAGCAUGAUCAACAACACAACAGCAGUGCUAGAAUUACAAAAGAACAACCAAGGCAGUGAGGAAAGCCAAUAAAGUAGCAAUAAUUCAAGUAGGAUGUCAAAGACUCCCUAGGAUAAGUUCGGUAAAAGCUAUUCAAACAGCACCAGUGGAGGUCAUACUUACCAAAACUUGAACUUCAUGAGUGGAGGCAGUUUUCCUCAGAAUCUUAGCAUGAAAAUGAGCAAAUCUCCUUACAAUGUUGCUGAUUCCAAUAAUGAGAUUUAAAUUAGACAGUUUCAGAGUGCAAGUUACAAAGUGAAUGACAGUGCAAAUCACAAUCGUCACUAUAGCUCAGAGAACAUAAACUAGCUGGCAAUGGGAGGAGUAACUAAUUCUAGCAAUGCCCUCUCAAGCAGAGGCAACAAAGAUUCACAACUUUCUCAAUCUAACAAUAAUGCAAACAAUAAUAACAUGUACAAUAACAACAACAACAAUAAUUCAACAACUGUAACCUCUCCAAAAAAUUUGUAGAACAAUACAAACACCAGCAUCAACUCUAAGAUCAGAAACAAGUCUUAAAAGGUUACAGGCCUUGCUAACAAUACUAACAUCCUCUAUAAUAAUAUGAAUUCACUCAACCAAGAUCAGCCAUCCCUGUCUAUUCAACAGCAGCAGCUACAGUAACAGCAACUGAGCAACCUGCAACAGCAGUAGAGAUUCAGAUCGUCUAUCUUAACUAAGGACAUGCAAGAUGUUUCUAGAUCGAGUGCUGCUGGCUCGAUUGGAGGCGGCAAUCAAAACAUAAUGUCAGUGAUGAAGACCAGUGGAUUUUCCAAUUAAAGACAGAGCAUAAUACAGAGUUCUCUAGACAAGACUCAGCUCCGCUAAAAUCAAAACAGCAAUAAAAAGAGACUGCCUGAGAUCAACGAAGCAAGCAGGAUCAAUCAAAAGACCACUCUGGAAAUGAGUCAGGCAUAAAAUGCUGGCUCACACUCCUACACAAAUAAUACAAAUCAUUAACAGCAUUAUCAUUCUCACAUCAUCUAGUAAUAACAGCAAGUUGUGAUUAGCAAUGGGAAGCACAGCUCCUCACACAAGUACUAGAAUCCCACUAAUAACUCUCACCAAUAACUUAUCAGAAAUCAAAACAUAUUCUAGAUACAAUAAUCUUUGAUUAAGAAUUACGGAGGCAACAACACUGAUGGCUGGGGCAACGGAGGCACUUAGAUUGUCAAUCAGAAUGCAAUGAUCACCCAUACCUUAGCCAAAAGCAUGGACAGAAAUACUGCUUCAUUUUAGUAAAGAAGCAACUAUCAGUCAAACAACUACGUAAGUGGAGGCUUUACCAGUGGUAACAGUCAAUCGCUCUCUAGCAAUGUCAACAAUAACAACAAUAAUAGUGCCAAUAUAGUCCUGAAUAGUCAUGGUGAGUAUUAACACAGAGCACUAUAGUAACAAAUAUAACUGUAAAAUGUGAAAUUGUGA